AAAAUGAACUUAUACAAUUAAAUGAAGAAGCUUCAUCAUUUUUUUCUUAUUCAAAUGAUUGUAAAUUAUUUCAACGUCCAAUAACAAUUUCAUCUGAUGAAUUAACAUAUCCAUUAGCAUUUACUAUUCUUAUUCAUACAAAUCUUGAACAAUUUGAUUUUCUUUUACGAACAAUUUAUCGUCGAUAUAAUCAUUAUUGUAUACAUGUUGAUUUAAAAUCUUCAUUAACAUUAUAUCAAGCUAUAGAAAAUCGUAUAAAUUGUGUAUCAAAUAUAUAUUUACUAGAAAAACGUAUUAAUGUAACAUGGGGUGAUUUUUCUGUUUUAGAAGCUGAACAUUUAUGUCAAAAAGAACUUCUUAAAAAAUCUUUAAUAUGGAAAUAUUAUUUUAAUUUAGCUAAUACAGAUUUACCUUUAAAAACAAAUUUUGAAUUAGUACAAAUAUUAAAAUUAUAUAAUAAUCAAAAUGAUAUUACAUCAUUAUUAUAUCAUUCAUAUUUACGACAAAGAAAAAUUUUAUUUAAUCGAACAUUACCACCAACAAUAUCAUUACCAUUUUAUAAAGGUGAAUUUCAUGUUUUAUUAUCACGUUCAACUGUUGAAUAUAUACAUAAAAAUUCACGUGUUAAAGAUUUAUAUAAUUUUUUAAAUGGAACAUCUGUACCUGAUGAACAUUUUUAUUCAAUAAUUAAUCGUUGGAAAGAAACACCAGGUUUUUAUCCAUAUGAUCAUGAUUUAAGUCAAAUAACAUUUAUGACACGUUAUAAAAUUUGGAAUGAUCGACCAGAAGUUCGUUUAUGUCAUGGUGGUUUUGUUCGUGGUAUAUGUGUUUUUAAUUAUCAAGAUUUAUGGCAUUUAGCAACAAGUCCUCAUUUUUUUGCAAAUAAAUUUUUUCUUCAAUAUGAUCGUUUAACACCAUAUUGUAUGGCACAAUAUUUAGAUAUACGUACUAAUAUGAUACAAGGAAAAAAAGAUUUUUCAAUGAUUGAAACUGAUUUUUAUAAACAAUUAAAUAAUGUUCGAUUUGGAAAAUAA